AUGCGCUCCCUGCUGUUACUGUUGUGCCUGCUGGGAGCGGCCGCAGCCUUCUGCCCCUCACAGUGUACCUGCGUAUUCCAUGGACGCACCGAUGGCACCGGGAGCAGAUCGGUGCUGUGUAAUGACCCGGACAUGUCGGAUAUCCCGGUGAACGUUCCCCUGGACACAGUGAAACUGCGUGUGGAGAAAACGGCUGUGCGCAAGAUCCCCACAGAGGCCUUCUACUACCUUUCCGAGCUGCGCUUCCUGUGGGUUACGUACAACUCAGUGAGCACGGUGGAUACAGGCGCCUUCUACAACCUCAAAGUCCUGCACGAGCUGCGGCUGGACGGGAACUCCAUCGCCCUGUUCCCCUGGGAGGCUCUGCGGGAGAUGCCAAGUCUGCGGACGCUCGACCUGCACAACAACAGGCUCACAGUGGUCCCUCCGGAGGCUGUCUCAUACCUGGUGAACAUCACGUACUUGGAUCUGUCCAGUAACAAGCUGAGCACUCUGCCCUCAGACCUCAUGAACCUCUGGCCUCCGUUCAACAAGGCCCCGCUGUCCAACACCUCACAGAAGGUGGUCCUCGGUCUCCAGGACAACCCGUGGUUCUGUGACUGUAAGCUGUCCAAAGUGAUGGAGGUGUCUCGGCUCUCGGAAUGCCCUGUGGUGCUCAUGGACCUCUUCCUGACAUGCGCGGCCCCGGAGCCCCUGGCAGGAGUGCUGUUCCAAAGAGCGGAGCUGGAAAACUGUGUGAAGCCUUCGAUCAUGAGCUCUGCCACGCGCAUCACCUCCCCCCAAGGCAGCAAUGUGCUCCUCCGCUGCGACGCCUCGGGGCUCCCCACACCCGCUCUGUCCUGGCAGAGACCAGACGGAUCUGCAGUGGACAACACAGUGGAAGAAUCUCCUGGAGACGGUGUGCGUUGGUCCAUCAUGAGCCUGACUGGAAUCCUCAACACAGAUUCGGGAAACUACAGCUGCAGGGCAAAGAACGAGGCCGGAGAGACAGAGGCGUCCGUCUUUGUAUCUGUGACCGCCACUCUUACAACCCCCGUGGCUCCAUCCAGACCUAGUCCUGGGACAGGGCCCCCAGAUCAGGAUGAGGGCACCACACUCAAUACUGCUGCAGCUGUGGACGUGUCAAAACCAUCCUCCCCCACCCCCUCACUGCUGCCCCCUGUGGUUUUGACACGAGCACCUCCAGCCACCAGCACCAGUGUCCAGAAAGACUCCCUCAGACCAGAGAAAGUCAAACAGGGCGGAAAGAGGCUGGCUGCAGAUCAAAAGAGCAGCAAAAAGGACCCAGCUUCAGCGCUAACAGACUUGGAGGUGGUGGAGGAGAGCAUGGACAGUGCAGUGCUGCUGUGGACAGCGGAUGGCUUGCCGGCAGACACUCCAGUGACUGUGGUUUACUCUCCGUAUGGAGACGAGGACUUCAAACAAACCAUGGACAGCAGCGCAGGCAGUAUGAGCAGCAGAGACCCCUGUGUGGACUUCUACACCCUGGACAGAGCAGACAACAGUGGACAGAACCAGCUCUUCGUCAUCAUCAGUGGAAUGGUCUGUGUGCUCAUUCUGCCUCUGAUCGCUUUGCUCAUUUACAAGAUCUUAGCGCUGUACUGCAAAGGAGCGCAGAUACCUGAGGAUGAAGAGGAGCUCGAGAAGGAGAGCUAUGUGAAAAAGUGGGGGUCACUUAGGGACACAUUUGAAAGAGGGGAGAAAGGAGAAGGCCAGAGAAGUGCGUCUGCAAUAGGGACAAUCUCCCCAUAUCCCACCACCAGCAACACAGGGAGCAAGGUUGAGAUGGAAACAGACAUGUCUCCGGAGACAGCACUUCUGCCUCUUCCCUGUCUCUGGAGAUAG